AAAUGGAUGGAUGAGUAACUGGGCGACAGACAAGUGUGCUGGUGAAUGGUGGGGAGUUACCUUAUUUGGAUGAAUGAAUGUGUGGAUGGACAAAAAUUGUCAGGGACUUGGACAAGAUGGGGGGACAUGGGGCGAAACAUUUCUCUCAUGCUCACAUGUCCUGCUGUCCUCAGAUCGAGGAGGAGAUGCUGUCCCUCCAGAACGAGCGCUCGGAGCGCAUCCGCACCCUCUUGGAGCGCCAGGCCAGCGAGAUCGAGAGCUUCGACUCGGAGAGUUUACGCCUGGGCUUCACUAACUUGUCCCUGUCGGGCCUCCCUGCCGACGCCUACUCCAAGCAGGGUUACCCCAGCGCCCCGCCCCCGGCCCCCCGCUCCGCCAGCCACUGGAGCCACGGCGUGCACCCCCACCGCGCCCCCCCGCCGCAGCCCUCCCGCCGCAGCCACAACAACAGCGGCGGCGUUGGGGGAGGAGAGCGCAGAAGCGACUCCUCCUCCUCUUCCUCCUCCUCCUCGCACGGGUCGGGGAUGGCGUUGGCGCUGUCGAGGGACGGGCACCACUCGUCCCGCUCCUCGUCCUCCUCGUCUUCCUCCCACCACCAGCGCCACCAGCUGCCGCAGCACUACCACCACCAGAGCACGCCGCAGCUGUACCGCGAGCGAGAGCGGGAUAGAGACCGCGAGCGGGAGAAGGAGCGGGAGUGGCCCGGGAUGCGAGGCCCCAGCGGUGACCUGGUCCACCCGUUACCUUUACCCUUCUCCCACCACCUCCCCUCACGCUCCUCCUCGCAGUCCCUCGCCAUGCUGCCACCACCGCCACCGGCCCCUCCCUCUAUCUCCGGCCCGUCGUCCUCCUCGUCUUCCUCCUCCUCCUCGCAGGGGGGGGUCUACGGCGGUGAAAGAGGCGGCGGCGGCGGCGGCGGGCUCGGCAUACGCGCCGCCCCCAGCCUGAUGGCACUGAGAAACAGCCCCCAGCCUCUGAGGAGGACGGCGUCUGGCGGGGGACCGGGGGCGGCCGCGGGCGCUGACGGCGUCCUGAGCCGGAGCACCUCGGUGACUUCGCACAUCUCCAACGGCUCGCACCUCUCCUACUCCUAGAUGGAGGCACAAAGGGGCGGGGCUUAGGGUUAAGGUUGCGUCUCAGUCUCGACCAUUUUGUCUCUUUUCGAGGACAAACUGCGUCCUGCUUCCUGCGACUUAGGAAGAGGGGAAUGUAACACCACUUGAGCUUAGGUUUCAAAAUAAAACUUUUUUUAAACAGGUAAAAAAAAAAAAAAAAAAAGGGCGGGGUUUGGAGGCCAUGUCUUCUUCUAUGAUGUUCAAUGCUGGAAUGGAGAACAAGCGAGCAUAAUAUUGGACACUGAUGUGAUUGAGAGCCGAGAGAAGGCCGGGGCCUCGACUGAGCCGCUAGUUUGGUGCCCCCAAAGGUGCUGACCCAGCAGCAGUGACCGGAGCAGCGCAUAACUUUUUGUUGUUGAGGAAGUGACGCUGCAGAGGCCCCAAAGGUCACUCUUGACACAGUGAGAAAGUUAGUUUCUCUUUCAUGGAUAGCGGAAGGGGAAAAAAAAAAAAAAAUCUCAUACGGUUUGUAAUGACUCCAACACCAGCUCAGCACCA